AUGGGGUUCCUAACUUUGCGUUUCGCUGGGAGCUAUCUGCUGAAGGCUGGUGCGGAGAGGGACGCGGCGGCGGAGAGCUGUGCCAGAAAGAAGGCAAAGGUCGAGUCCGAGGCCAGGGCUGCGGAAACGAAGAUCGCCGUCAACUUAGACCACAAGUUGCUGGAGUGCUCUGCUUGCUGCAGCCCAUUGGCUCCACCCCUGUUCCAGUGCACAAAUGGCCACAUCACAUGCUCAGAGUGCCGCACCAAUGCGGAGUACAGUUGCAGCUUGUGUGCCGAGCCGGCCAACACCCGCUGCGACAUCAUGGAGCGCGUACUUGGCGGCAUGACAGCGCCGUGCUCGUUCCGGGAGUUUGGCUGCUCCGCGACGAUCCCGUUCACGAAGAAGCUGACCCAUGAAGAGUCAUGCGUCCAUGCCCCGUGCCACUGCCCCAUCCCCUACUGCCGCCUCUACGCCAACCGUGGCCGGUCCCUGUGCGAGCACAUCGAGACGAAGCACUGCUUGGUCCCAUACGGCGAUGCCAGAGCCGGCAGCCUUUCCCCUGUGAGGGUGUGCGACAGUGAGCCGGUGCGCCUGGUGUUCCUGGACGCCAGGGCGGUGUUCCUGCUGGUGGUCGAGCGGAGCGGGCCAUCGGGGCGUGCCGUGUCGGUGGUCCAGCUCGUCAGCGAGCCGGUCAAGGCGGCGGAGGAGAAGGAUUUCAAGUACAAGAUCCAGGUGCAUACGCGAGCAGGCGUCCUCUCUCUGUCCGGCGAGACGCAGAGCGUCGGGCGGCUGAUGAGGCCUUACCAGGCAACCGCGUCGCUGUUUGUCUCGGACGCCGUGUGGUCUCCCCUGGAUUCUCCCGUGUACCUCGAGUUUAAAUGA